AUUGGAAACAACCUCUUUCUGUGGGUGUUAGUGAACCGAGGUUUAUUGGAAAUAACUCUCUACUUUGUGGGUGUGGGUGGCCCUAGGGUUAUUGAAAACCACCUCUCUACUUAGUAAGGUGCAUUAAAAAGCCUGUGACGAGGAUGGUUUCUGAAGCAUCAGGUAAAUGGGGGGCAGCAGCAACGGAUUACGGCCAUCUUGUCUUAUUGCGUUUCUAUCCCGACAGAUGUAAUGUCAGGGUGUUUUUAAAGAAGAAGCACGCUAUCACCAGCUUUAUAUUUCAUCCUCAUCGGGUGCAGUUAUUCUGCGGUGAUGAUGAUGGUUCAGUAAGUGUAUUUGAUGUGGUGGAUCUGUCAGAGGCGUCUUUCAUCGAAAAACUAGAGAUUCAUCGAUUAACCAUCACUUCCAUGGCAAUAUCCGCUGAUGGAUGGACGUUGAUCACUGCAGGGAAAGACAAGGUUGUAAAAUUGCAUGACUUGCAUGACUACAAAUGCCUGAAAACCAUAUCACCACAUGAGUCAAUUGAAGCUGUGUGUAUAAUUGAUCCAGAGUCUCCUUUUGUUGCAUGCCUAGCUUCAUCAGAACACCCGCAGGAAGUACCAUCAACUAAGUUCAUCACUGUUGGUAAACUCGGGUUGGUACAGAUGUGGAGUUCGGAGAGGGACACUUGUGCUUUUGAGCAGAGAAUUUCCGAUAUCCCCAUCAGCUCUAACGAUGAAGAGGUUAACAGAAAAAUAUUUGACGAUAAAGACUCCACCAGCUCUGAUGAUGAACAUUCAAAGAGGGGCUUUAUAUCUGCUUUACUUUUGCCCGAAAGUCAAGAUCUACUUUGUAUUACAGCAGACGGGCAAUUUUUUCUUUACUAUCCGGUGAAAUCUAAUGGUGGUACGAGUCUAUCUCUUAAGAAGAGGCUUGUAAGGCACCCCACCAGGAUUUUAGAUAUGAAAUUUUUGGGUGACGAUGACCAUUAUCUUUCCGCAGCAACAAGUGUAAUGCAGGUACGAGUGUACGAUGUUAAAUCAAUGUCGUGUGUGAAUAUAUUGCCUGGGCCGGUGGACAAUGUUCUAUGUCUUGAUACUUGUAUACACAGUUCUGGACGAGAACUCAUUGUCACAGGAAGCAACAACAACAACAACAACGUCGGGGUGUGGGAUUUCAGUAGCGAUGCCUGUGUUGCCGUAGGUUUACGUCACACGCGAGCUGUUCGUGCUGUUGCUUUCUCAAAGAAAAAAAGGAAUUUUUUCGUGAGUGGUGGAAGUGACCGUACUUUAAAGGUAUGGAAUGUGAAUGAUGAUGUCUUCGACAACAAUGGAGAACUUACAUUUCUGGAACCAGCAAAAGAUGUAAAAACAACACAUAGAGAGGAUAUUCUUGUUUUAGCAGUAGCACCAGAUGAUGAUCUUGUUUGCAGCGGUUCACAGGAUCGCACUGCCCGCAUUUGGACACUUCCACACCUAGACUUAGUGGGUGAACUGAAACUAGGUCUUUCCAAAGGCCACAAGAUACAGUCUUUGGAGUUUUCUCCUGUUGAUAAACUCGUGCUAACAGCUUGUAGUGAUGGGACGAUACGCAUAAAUUCCAUACCUAGUGGACAAGGUCUAGUGUCAUAUCGACACGAUGGUAUGCUGAAAGCUUAUUUUCUGAGUGGUGGAACCCAAUGUAUUUCCUGGGGUUUACAUAUGAUAAAAUUGUGGACAAUUAGAUCCGAUGAGGAUUUAGAUCUCUACUUGGACUCUACCGCAAUAUAUAGCAAUGAACAUGCUAUGGAAAGCCGGGCACUGGGGUGUACACUUGCUAUUGGUAAGAAAACGGAAAUUCUUGCAACUGGCGAUUCUGAUGGGAAGAUCACUUUGUGGCGUGCCUCAAUUUCAGAUAAAGAGGUCGAAAGCCAUAGACGGGAUCAAAGCUUUUUUAAUGGGGAACUUUGUGAGGAUCCAACGAUGAGAGCUAUAGCCGAAGCCAAAGAGAGCUUCUUAUCAAAAAAGCGAAAAUCAUCGAAAAAGAGAAAAUCAGGAGAUCUGAAGUGAAUAGGCCGCUGAAUGGUAGGUCCAAGUAAUUCCACGAGGGAUAUGCAAUGAAGGAAUUUUAAAUACCAGAUUCAAGUGACUUGUAAUUUUGUAUGGGAAACCAGCAUAAACUGUAGUUGACUGGGUUGCUGUUGAUGAACAAUUUUGGUACAAGGUGAA